CGGGGUAGGAAUGCGAUGAUUUGGCAAGAAAAAAGCACAUGGAUAUAUGGAUGGCUGACUUUCAAGCAAGAAGAAAAUAAAAAAAAAAAUAAAAAAAACAUCAUUCCACUGGAUCAGAUUAUACAUGUACAUUUACAUGUAGAUGCCUUUUUAAGAAGAAGUUGAGGUCUGGCUUGUGAGAAAGAGCUGUGCCAAACAAGUAUGGAUUCCUCUGAACUGGAACAUGUCCAGUACAAGUUUGCCACAAUCAUCGGUGGUUUGUGUGGAAAACCCCAGAUCCUGUCUCAGUUUGCUGUAUGGUUGGAUUUGAGACUAGCAGAGUACAAAUUGAAGGGAGCCAUCUCACUAGAUUGCUCCGGAUUAAAACCUGAUCCUAAAUGGCUAGAAGGGAUAAAACCAGAUAUCAUCGAUUCUGAACAGUGUACAGGAGGAACAGACAUGGGAAGGCCAGGGGAAGUAACUCUGUUUAGCCAGGACUCUUCCCAGGAUGCCAGUGGUGAGGUGAACCCUGUGCAGAGUCCAGCUUUAGUGAUUAAAACAGAAGAGGAUGCUGGGUCAGUUUUCCCUGUCAGCCUGCACGAACAUUCUCAUAAUGCCAAAGAUUUGCCUACUUCAGCUCUACACUCUGUGGCAACUAGAGAAACGCAAAGCUUGAAACGUAGGUUUCAGCACACAGGCCAUUCCCUGGGGCAAAAGACGAAAAGACUUUCCUCGUCCAGUGAGGUUGAUCUUCAAGGCGUAGAAAUUGUUCCUGUGAAUGAAAGCCUUAUGUCUUUGAUAGGUUCCACCAGUGAUAGUAAAGACAAUGGAACCAAUGACAGUGUGAAUGAGUAUGAUUCGGGGACCCCAUUUGAUGAAAACUCCUCGUACACCUCACUACUGGAUGAUUCAACGGUUGUUCAUCAAGCCAAGGCUGUGUCAGUUGCUGGGCGCUUGUUAAGCCAAACAGCACUAGAUGAACACGGCACCAGUUGUAGUUCUCCGGGAGUGCAUCAAGAUGACCUCCCCUUAGGAGCGCAUGAAGUAAUCCGCAAGAUGUCGCAGUCAGCUAGUAUCUUUCCUGUCCCAAUGAAGAGCAAUGAAUCGAGGCGGAAUAGAAUAAGGAACCGGCACCAGAAAGCGGAGAAGACUGUUCGAAAUGUAGUUGGAGCUGUGGGAAACUUUGAACGUUGGCUUUGGUCGCGAUUUAGUGAUGAGACGAGGGAAAUCUUUGCAAUCCCACCGGCUGAACUUGAUAGGUAUUUAGCCCUCUUCUUCAGCGAAGCGGAAAAACUGACUGGUGGAAGCUUUCAUCCGGAGACGUUCCGGUCUCUCCGCUCAAGACUAGAAAGCUACCUAAAAGAUAACAAUUAUCCAGAAUCCAUUAUGCAUUCUCCACAUUUCUCAGAAAGUAGACGAGCUUAUCACCAAAGGAAGCUCAAACUUAUGGCUAUUGUCAACGACGGACAGCAGUCCACAAGUAAACCUAUGAAUUCAACAGCCUGAUUCUUCAUUUACGGACGAACCAGCGUUAGCAUGAACGAACUACAGGAUUGUGUGGAAGCAUCGGCUGCUCCAUGUGUCCUGGCUAGUUAUAGAUUCUGUAAGGCCUUUAUUGUACAGUUCUACAUGCAGAAGGGCAAACACCAAAUCUUAUGGAGCAAGGUUUGCCCUGUUACACGUCUAAAACAACGAUUUCCAUGGAAACGCUCGAUUUCUAUUGAUGUACCGUGAGGACCUACGUAUUGGGUUACGCACUUGGCCUUUUAUAUCAUUUCAUUUGGUAAAAGGACCCGUGAAGCAGUGUUGGUAAUGAAUGCCUGCUGUUCAUACAACACAAGAGAGAGGGAGGAAACGUGAUGCUGUGAACUUCAAGUCAUUAUCUAGUGAUUGCUGUGUCGGGCAGUCCGUGUUUACCACUAAAAACACAGCCAGUUGUGUGACGGUAUUUACAAGGUGGUUAAGGGAGCAGAACAUAUGUGACUGCGAUCGAAUAGAACAACUCCCCCAACAGAACUUAACGUCUACCUAGUUCAGUUCUUCUCCCUCAGCACUAAGAAAGAUGGCAGCGAGUACCUGCCCAAGUCAUUCAGAGCGUUAAAGGAUGGCAUCGAGAGAUACCUCAAGGUUUGUAACUAUCCACAUUCCAUCACUGUGUCUGAGCUAUUCGCAGAUAGUCAAAAGGCCUUUAAAUAUAGACUGCAGCACCUUCAUCAAAUAGCUCAACGCUCGAGAGUAUCUAACAUUCUUCAUUGAAGGAGGAAAGCAUUCAUCUGGGGCCAGAUCUCUUUUGUUGGUUUUUUGAGAGUCCCAUGAUGUUCACACCUGAUGCUGCAAAUUCACCUCAGUAAAAAUUAUCUACCUAGAGCUGUCGUAUUCCUUUUGUUGAUUUUACGUACCAAUCCACCAUCAUGAAAUAAAAGAAAUAA